CCUCUUUCCAAUUUUUUUUCCCUUUGAAUCCAAUGGCACAGAUAACUGACGAAAACGUGACUCAACAAAAGUCAAACAACAACGAGCAAAGUGGACAAGUCGUUGUUAAUACAGAAAUUAUUGACAGUGAUGUAGAUGAAUCCGAUCAGGAAGAAUUGGAACACAAUGAGGAAGAUGUCCUUGACGAUUAUCCACGAGAUGCCGAGGAUAUCGAUCUUAUUCAUUUACGCAUCAGUAGUAUUCCAGCUUUACAGUUGGAACGAUUCCCUAACGUACAGCGUAUUUGUCUUCGUCAAAACUUCAUUAUUGAUAUUGAAGGUUUAGAAAGCGUUCCCGACUUGAAAGAAUUGGACUUAUAUGAUAACAAGAUAUCGCAUAUCAAAGGAUUAAAUCAUCUGAGUCAAUUGACUAGUUUGGACCUCUCCUUCAACAAGAUUAAGCACAUCAAGCAUUUGGAAAAUCUUACUAAUGUCACGGAUUUAUACUUUGUCAGUAACAAAAUCUCCAAGAUUGAAAACUUGGAUAGUUUUGUCAAUGUGACCAACUUGGAACUUGGGGCGAACCGUAUUAGGGUGAUCGAAAACUUGGAUCAUUUGGUGAAUUUGCGGGAACUCUGGUUAGGAAAGAACAAAAUUACAAAACUAGAGAAUUUGAGUAGUUUGAAAAAUUUGCGGUUAUUGAGCAUUCAAAGCAAUCGACUGACGAAGAUUGAAGGAUUAGAAGAAUUGGAAAAUCUGGAAGAAUUAUAUCUUAGUCACAAUGCCAUUGAAAAGAUCGAAGGAUUAGAUAAGAAUAUCAAUUUGACAACAUUGGAUGUUGCUAUGAAUCGAUUGACAAAGAUUGAAAACAUUCAUCAUUUGACAAAAUUGGAAGAAUUCUGGGCAAAUGGCAAUCAAUUUGGAAAUGAAUGUUUUGAUCAACUAUCACAAGAAUUGGGCAAUACCAAAAGUUUGGAAACGGUAUAUCUUGAAGGGAAUCCAAUGCAAACCAACAACCGAGCAACUUAUAGGAACAAAGUUAGAUUAGCAUUACCUGAUAUCAAACAAAUUGAUGCCAAUUGAUUCAAUAAAAGAUGAACGGAGUUUAUUAGUUACGAUGCAUA